AUGCCACCUAAUGCGGAUUGGGAAGAGGUAGCGCAGCAAAGAGCGAUAGAUAAAAAUACUCAUGUGAGUUUUCCGCAGUUAAAAUAUCCUUCGUUACGAGAUGACGGUCUUAGAGACCCGGUGCAAUGGCUCGCUGGAAAGGCUAUGGACGACGGUGCUGAAGGAUUAUGGCGUAUUCAUGACAAACUAUACGACCUAACGAGGUUUAUAAAGCGUCACCCGGGAGGUGAAGAGUGGCUGGAACUCACCCAAGGAACCGACAUCACUGAAGCUUUUGAAUCUCAUCACUUGAACCCAUCCACAGAGAAAAUUCUUACACAAUAUUAUAUAAGAGAUGCAAAGACUCCACGUAAUUCGCCGUUCACGUUUAAAGAAGAUGGCUUUUAUAAAACGCUAAAGAGAGCGGCCUUUGAGGAGUUAAAGAAAAUCCCCAAAGAUGCGUCUAGAACAGCAAAUAAUAUAACUGAUGGUCUGUUUGUAUCGUUGCUUAUUAGUUCAGCUAUGGCCUCCUGGGUGACUAAUUAUUAUGCUGUGAAGUUUUGGUAUACAUACGCGUCAGUCAACUUGGCGAUUUUAACUGUCUGCUGUCACAAUUAUAUACACAGGAAAACGAAUUGGCGUAUGUAUUUGUUUAAUAUGAGCAUGUGGUCUUACAGGGACUUUCGAGUAUCGCACGUGUUAUCCCAUCACCUAUACACGAACACCCUGAUGGAUUUGGAGCUAAGUUCAUUGGAACCAUUCUUAUUUUACACACCUAGAAAGGACAAACCACUACACGCAAAACUGGGCUUCAUUACUGAGAUCUUCUUUUUUCCUUUCGUUUUCUUCUUAAGCUUUAUAAAAAGGUUCCUCUCGAUAUUCCUUCAUCAAGGCUUUUUCAAGAGUCAUUAUCGUUGGCACGAUGCCAUUGGUUUACUCCUGCCAUUGUGGAUGAUUAUCGCCAGUGGCGCCCCCGUACUUGACGUGAUUUCCAUGUGGUUGUGGAUUAAUUGUACUGGCAGCCUAAUUUUCUUUUCUAUUGCUGUAAAUGCCGCUCAUCAUCACCCAGAUGCAAUUAAGGAUGGAGAUCAACCAGCAAGCGAGACUCCGGACUGGGGAAUGCAUCAAGUAGAAGCACUUCUCGACCGAAAAGAUGUAAACGGCAACGUCUUUGCUGUGAUGACCCUAUUCGGCGACCAUUGUUUACAUCACAUGUUCCCAACCUUAGACCACAGUGUACUGAAGUAUAUGCAUCCAUUGUUCAUUGACCUAUGUGAAAAGUACCAAGCCAACUAUAGGGUUUCCACGCAAUUCAAACUGGUUCUUGGACAAAUUAAAGAAACGAUGCGAACAGAGUUUAAAACGAAAAAUGAUUAA